AUGUUGGAGCCCGAAGACCCUGGAGGGACAUCCCUCCAAGUGUCUCAUGUAGUCACAAUCGAUGCGUCGGGAAUGGAAACGGAAGGUUCAAUUAUAGAUACAGACUGUUCGGAAAACACGAAAUCGGUGAAAAGAAAGAGAAUUUCAGCUAGAAACCAAAAGAAGAGAAGGAAUCACAGACAAACGGGUCUAUCAGACUGCCAACUUUCCCCUAACGAUUUAAAGGAUAAUGUUAUUACUAAAUUGCUUGAUUCUGAUGAUAAAAACACUGAAAUUCACCAUAAUGAUGACACUCACUCUAACAAUAUUACAAGUAACCCCCGCGCUGCUAGGUUGCUUUACCAGGCGUCAGAUCCUGCGCCUUAUGUUGUCCAUGUCCAAAAAAAUCUUACAACCAAAUCAAACUGGAUCUAUUCACCCAGUACAAUUUGGAUUAUUCCUUAA